GUAUCCAGCACGAUGAGCGCGCAGCGAGUUCAGGUAUGCGCCUAAUAUAAAUAAUAAUACUAUAAAUCUACCGAAAUGAGCUUUUAAUUCAGUUUGAUACAGAAACACGAUGUACACGUGCGAGCGCAGGCGCAUGAGCCUGCAUGAAGUGAAGAGGAGAGGCUCGGUCAGAGUUUCAGCUGGAAGUUUAUGGCAGGACUCUCUGGCUAUCGAGCUGAGCGCCGGGAAUAAGAGCGUUAGUUCUCCGCGCAGUCGCAGCAGAGCUCUGGUGGUGGUUUAUGUGCUGGUGGAAGACGCUUCUGUGGCGCAGACUGAGGAGAAUCUGGCUUUGCGCUGUGUGAAAGAAGCCUGUGCGGACUCCCACGCCGAGCUCCAAACUGUCCCGUUUGAGCGGAUUGCACACGCUACUGCAGACACGCUGGAUACUUUCUACAACGCAGAUGUGGCCAUUGUUGAGAUGAGUAAUUCUUUCCGCCAGCACUCCCUAAUUUAUCACCUCGGGGUCAGAGAGAGCUUCAGCAUGACUAAUAACAUUAUACUGUACUCCAACAAGCAAGAGAGUGACCUGCAACUGCUUAAGGAACAGUGUGGAAGCUACACCUUUAUCCCGUACAUGGUGUCACCUCAAGGAAAGGUGUUUGCCUGUGAUCCAACACUAAUGCGGGGAAUCACCGAGCUUCUGCAGCCCAGCUUUACCCUUGAACCCCUGCUGACCCCUUUAGUGGACCAGCUUAUCAAGCUGUUGGAGAAUGUGCACGUCCAUGCAAGUGAGUACGUGCAUGAAUCCAUCCGGCGAGAGAUCCGGAUGGCACGGGAGCGGUUCUGCGGAGAGUCUUUAAGCCAGGAGCUAAACCGAAUCCAGAAACGUCUGGACACAGUUGAGCUUCUGAGUCCGGACAUAGUCAUGAACCUCCUUCUGUCUUACCGUGACAUUCAGGACUAUGAAUCCAUCAUUAAUCUGGUGGAAACACUCAACGAGCUGCCCACGUGUGUAGUAGCAACACAGCCCAAUAUCAAAUUUCAGUAUAUAUUUGCCCUAACUAGGAGGAAUCGUCCUGGUGACCGUGAGAAAGCUUUGUCAGUAAUUCUGCCCGUAGUAGAGUCGGGAGAGCAGGUGGCCUCGGAUGUGUACUGUCUCUGUGGACGCGUUUACAAGGACAUGUUCUUUAGUUCCGGCUUCACGGACACGCUCAGCCGUGACCGGGCCUGCUACUGGUACAAUAAAGCAUUUAAAUUGGAGCCAUCUCUGCACUCAGGCAUCAACAACGCAGUCCUUCUGAUGGCCGUCGGCCACAAUUUUAACACCUCAGUUGAGCUGCGAAAGAUUGGUGUCACUCUCAGCAGUCUGCUCGGGAGGAAGGGCAGCCUGGAGAAGAUGCAAGAUUACUGGGAUGUAGGCUUCUACCUGGGUGCUGGGAUUCUAGCCAACGAACAAAAGAAAGUCAUAGAAGCUUCAGAGAAGCUCUACAGACUUAAAGCACCAAUGUGGUAUGUGGGAUCCGUCAUGGAAACAUAUAUUCUCUACAAACACUUUGCGAAACCAUCAGAAGUACAACACGCCAAACAGGAGAUUGUAGAUUUUUGGAUGGAGCUGCUGGUGCAAGCAUGCAAACCAACAGUUUCCACAGCACACUGCCCAGUCCUGAUUCUGGAGCCGACUAAAGUGUUUCAGCCCAGCAUACUGAGCGUGAGUGAGGAGGAAGAGAGUCGCACUGUGCAGCUCAGACAUGUUGCACCCAUACAGAAAGGACUACAUGAGUGGACUUUCCCUGCAUCCGCCAUUCGUGGAGUAAGUAUCUCUAAAUUUGAUGAGCGGAGCUGCUUCCUGUAUGUACUUUACAACUCGGAUGACUUUCAGCUGUACUUUCCGAGUGAUCUGCACUGCAAAGGAUUCUGUAAGUUGGUGAACUCUCUGAUUAGUCAAGGGGAUGAAGUGGACAACUCCAGCAAUGACGAUGGAGAUCUGUUGGAGUUUGUUUAUGAGAAGGGAGACAAUGGAGAGAAGAUAGUGCUCGGGAAAGGAACCUAUGGAGUAGUGUACGCUGGUCGAGACCUGAGCACACAAGUGCGCAUUGCUAUCAAGGAGAUCCCAGAGAAAGACUGCACGUACUCACAGCCGCUGCAUGAGGAGAUUGCACUACACAAGAGACUGAAGCACCGCAACAUUGUGCAGUACCUGGGUUCAACCAGUGAGGAUGGAUUCCUUAAGAUUUUUAUGGAGGAGGUGCCAGGAGGAAGCCUCUCAUCUCUCUUAAGGUCAAAGUGGGGUCCUCUUAAAGACAACGAGCCCACCAUCGUCUUCUACACCAAGCAGAUCCUCGAAGGACUGAAAUAUCUCCAUGACAACCAGAUAGUCCACAGAGAUAUCAAGGGUGAUAACGUCCUGAUAAACACAUACAGUGGUGUACUCAAGAUCUCUGAUUUUGGAACAUCUAAAAGACUCGCAGGGAUUAAUCCCUGUACAGAAACAUUUACAGGAACUCUGCAGUACAUGGCUCCAGAGAUUAUAGACCAAGGUCUUCGAGGUUAUGGGAAACCGGCUGAUAUCUGGUCUCUAGGCUGUACUGUUAUUGAAAUGGCUACUGGGAAAACUCCCUUCCAUGAGCUGGGCAGCCCUCAAGCUGCCAUGUUUACCUUUCAUGUCAGUUUUUCUUAUCUGAUUUUGUCUUUACAUAGAUUCUGUAAGUUGGUGAACUCUCUGAUUAGUCAAGGGGAUGAAGUGGACAACUCCAGCAAUGACGAUGGAGAUCUGUUGGAGUUUGUUUAUGAGAAGGGAGACAAUGGAGAGAAGAUAGUGCUCGGGAAAGGAACCUAUGGAGUAGUGUACGCUGGUCGAGACCUGAGCACACAAGUGCGCAUUGCUAUCAAGGAGAUCCCAGAGAAAGACUGCACGUACUCACAGCCGCUGCAUGAGGAGAUUGCACUACACAAGAGACUGAAGCACCGCAACAUUGUGCAGUACCUGGGUUCAACCAGUGAGGAUGGAUUCCUUAAGAUUUUUAUGGAGGAGGUGCCAGGAGGAAGCCUCUCAUCUCUCUUAAGGUCAAAGUGGGGUCCUCUUAAAGACAACGAGCCCACCAUCGUCUUCUACACCAAGCAGAUCCUCGAAGGACUGAAAUAUCUCCAUGACAACCAGAUAGUCCACAGAGAUAUCAAGGGUGAUAACGUCCUGAUAAACACAUACAGUGGUGUACUCAAGAUCUCUGAUUUUGGAACAUCUAAAAGACUCGCAGGGAUUAAUCCCUGUACAGAAACAUUUACAGGAACUCUGCAGUACAUGGCUCCAGAGAUUAUAGACCAAGGUCUUCGAGGUUAUGGGAAACCGGCUGAUAUCUGGUCUCUAGGCUGUACUGUUAUUGAAAUGGCUACUGGGAAAACUCCCUUCCAUGAGCUGGGCAGCCCUCAAGCUGCCAUGUUUAAGGUGGGCAUGUUUAAGAUUCACCCCACUGUGCCAGAGUGCAUGUCAGAAGGGGCCAAAGCUUUCCUCAUGUGCUGCUUUGAGCCCAAUCCAGACAAAAGGGCCAUAGCAUCCGAGCUGCUGAAAGAGGCUUUUCUUAAAGGCAGCGCCAAGAAGAGGACAAAGCUCAUUUCUAGCCAAGCCGAGUUAGAUCACAACUCAUCUGGAGACUACCAGAGGAGCAUGUCUGUACCCAUAGCCGUGUACGUGGAGGACACAGACGCUAACAAGACAGAGCUAUCUAACUCCCUCGAUCUGAGGAGGACCAUGCAUCGGCUAAGAGUAAAUGACAUAUCAGGGAGUCCUCCCAGCACCAACAGCUUCCUCUUAGUGGCAGGGGAGACACGGGGGGAAAUGACGAGUCCUGCCGUGUCAGGAGAGAACCUUGGUCUGUUUCUGCUCAGGAAAGACAGUGAGAGGAGAGACACUCUGCAUAAAGUCCUUACUGACUAUAUCAGUCAUGUAGUGCAAAAUAUUCAGGACUCGCUUCCACAGACUGAGGAGCCCUGCCUGAGUUCCGAGCACAUCAAGCAGUUGAUUGGCUGCUUAAGGGAAAACAUCCGCGCCCCGGACAAGAAGCAGCUGAACAACCGCCUGUUGAAUUUGCGCUCCAGCUUACAUGAUGAUGCAGUUCCUCUCAGCUGCCUGCAGGCGGCGCUCUUCAGCUUCCAGGAUGCUGUGAAAAAGGUGUUGCGGCAGCAGCAGGUGAAACCUCAUUGGAUGUUUGCUUUAGAUAACCUGCUCAGGCAGGCUGUGCAAGAUGCCAUCACUGUGCUCCUACCAGAGCUUAAGCUUCAGCUGCAAUCUUCCUUUGAGGCGGAGGAUGGCUCUCCUGAAACAGAACAUGCCAGUCAGGAUGGGGAGGAACCAGCUGCUAAAUCCCACACUGAGAAUGAGGACACAUCUGAGGAACCACAGCAGCACAGAGCGGACGGCACAAGAGCCAGGAUAUCUGAUCUUCUUGGCAUCAGCUCCAGCCCUCUAAUCCACGAAUUUAGCUUGUUAUGCCAGGAGACCAAAAGGUUGCUGACUCAGCUAAGUGAGAAGGAGAAGGAAUACCAAGAGCUUCUCAGGAACUCGCUGCAGAACAAAGAAGAGAAAAUUGAUGCCCUGAAGGUCAAGAGCUCAGAAGUGAACAACGAUUCCAAUGCUGUGGGCCAUAACACUCAGACGCAGGCUAUGGUGCGCUGGUUGAAGGCUGUUCCAGUGGAUGAGCACACCAUCAGUUUACUCCUGAAUCAUGGCUUCACUUUAGACAUUCUGCUCCAUAUGGCCUGCAGAGAUGAUCUCCAGUACUGCGGCAUCAAAGGUGGGAUGGUGUGUCGUAUCUGGAAAGCCAUCACCGCGCAGAUGAAGCAUCAUCUAAGCUCAGUGACUGAGGAGGGUGAAGAAACAAUACUCUAACAGCAGAUCUGGAACUCCAGCACUAUAUAAGCUCAGUGAGCUUAGAUUGAUUGUGCCUUUUUCAGGCAUACAUAUUUAUUUAUUUAGCUCAGCUGCUAAAUAUACAGUAUAUACUGUAUAAGGUUAGAGACUAAAAGGGUUUUAAAACGACAAAGUAUGGAAAUUUAUAUGGGAUUCUGUUGUUUGUAUUGUAUGAUAAACUGUUAUCUGAAUUACAUCUUUGCGUGUCUCCUAAUGUACAUGUUUUUUUACUUUUCAACAUGUAGUAUUACAGAAAAGAAAAUGCUUUGAGGGGAAAAUGUGCUUGUUUGGGUUGCUUCUAUUUAAUAAAGGUAUUUCAUUAACAUUUUAACAGAUCAGGACAUGGCCAACUUCUGUUUUAAUGCAUUUACCCCUCAAUUUUCUCCCAAUUUAGCAUAAUCAAUUUGUCUUCCGCUGCUGGAGGAUCCCUGAUUGCAGUCGAGGUGGGUGUAUUGCUGCUCACGCCUCCGACACGUGUGCAGCCCUCAACGGAACCUUUUUUUCCACCCAUGCAUUCUGCACAAGCGCCUCUCUAUCUGCUAAUCAGGUUCCUUACACAGCGUUUAAAGACCCACCCACAUAGUCCGGUCAUCCCGCCCUAGCAAAAACGUGUCUGCUGCAGGCACUGCCAAUUUUCCCCGCUAGAUGGCGCCCAGCCGAGGAGUUCAGAAUCUGCGCUGGUGUGCUAGUGGAAUACCAGUCACGCCAUGAUCUCCAUUAUCCACUGUCUCUGUGCAGGUGCCAUCAAUCAAUCCAUAUCAAAUCCAUAUGGCCCUCCCUCCCUCAGAAAAUUCAGUCAUCGGAUGUGUAGGCGCCCUGCUGGCUGUUAGCAGUCAGUUCACUUUUAAGCAAAAAUUCAGACCAUCAUACUUUGCCCAACUGUAAACACUAUGUCUAUACAGUAUGUUUACAUACAAAUAAGCUAUGUACAUGUACAUAAUAUUUAUUGUUAAUCCAAGUAAUUAAGUAAGUGUUACAUUGAACAAAAGUGAAAAAUAAUUUAAAAAAAACACUUGUCUUAAAUUCUGCUGUUAAUAUAUUGAAUGAAGGUUUGUUUCAUCGUAGGUGGAUUUAGAGCUGAUGAAGCAAAACACAUUUGAUUAAUUAAUAGUGUGUAAAUAAAGAGAUUAAUGAUCAGUGUUUACAUGAACAUGUUUAGCACAGGUGUACAGCCAAGUUUCUUAUUUUACCAACAGCAUUAAUGCACUCGUAUAACUUUACUUAUCACUCUGUUUUAACCAAUGAUAUCCAUAGUAAACAUUUGUUGGUUUGGGGCUUUUAACCACUCUAAAGAUAUGUUUCUUACAAUGUUUGUAUUUUGUAAUAUAUAGUGAUACGUUAUACCGUCACCUUUUUAUUCUGAGUAUGUUGUCUGUACUUUCUUGUUUCUUAAAUGUAGUUUUUAAUUAUUAUUUGAAUUUUUUAGGAUACAUUCAAAACAGGUUAUAUGAAUAUUAUGAGACUAUUGUUUUAUUGAAGAAACGUAAUGCAGAUACAUUAUAGAAAUAGAAACAGGUUUACAGUGAAUCCAGCUUCACCUAUGAACACUGGGUGCUGGACAGGAAUGCACUCAUCACACGGCAUCCAACACUUAAUCGUUCACUCAAUUACAUUCACACAUCUUAGGAAAUGCUUCUGAGAAAGCAAUAAAAUAUCAUUCUAACAUCCCAA